UUUAAUGCCCAAGAGGUUUGACACAUCCACUUUGACAGUUCAGAAAUAAAAAUAUUCCACAACAAAUUUGUAUAUAAUUCAUCAUUUUUCCUCAAAUAUUUUUUUAAAAUGUCGAUUUAUCAAACACCAAUAUCUGAAAUUGAAAGGGAUAUACUUAUAAAAAUGGAAGCUGAUGAAACUAAUGAAUUUCGUAUAAAGACUGAGCUGGAACAUUUAUAUUUCGUUACGGAAACGGAUGAAUGGAAUGACACCGUCAACGAUAUCAACACGGCACACAACGUGAUGUGGAGUUUAUUUGAUGAAAUAAAAAACAGCGCAGACCAUAAGGAACGUUUGUGCAAAUUUAAUCAUUUCAUUAGGACAUCGAAAUCAAUGCUUCAACUAGUUACAGCCUACGAAAUGAAAUUUAGCAUAAAUCCAGACAGUACAACUCAAUAUGGCGCACAAAUUGGCUCAUUAAUAUGGUAUCGUGGUGUUUUGGGUAUCAUUGGCGGGCUUAGGACGAUUUUGAUGGCAGACGUACAAGACAGAGCUAUUGAUAGCGGUAUCGCUGCCCUUUGGUUCGGAAAAAUUUUGCAGACCAAGAAGAAGUGGCAAGAAAAAGCACAAGGCCGUUAUCCACAUGCACGUUAAGACAAAAUGUAAUCGCUGCUUUGUAUGCACAAAAUCGAUUGUUACAAUGAAAAAGCGUGCUUGAAACUGUGUGUUGUUAUUUUAUUCGAUGUUAUUUUGUAUUACAACAACAAAUCUAUGAGCGUUCAAUUGAAUUGAAGUGUUUAUCUUUUAUUUCAACGUUUUGAAUGGAGACAAAGAAUGAGGAGUGAAAGAGAUGCAAAUGAAGAAAACUUUGGAUGGGUUUAUUCAAUGCAUUUUAUUUGAAUUUAUGACAUUUCUGAUUCAAUUCAGUUGAUGAUAAUGAUUUGGAAAUGUUAUGUCAAUUUAUUUUAUUGAAUAGAGAAAGUACAUUGAAUGAAAUGGUCGCGAGUAAAUGAUGAAUAUAUGUUGUUUUAAUCCAUUGGUGUGGAGUGUAGUGAUCGGGUUGGGCUGAUCUUCACUUCUUUUGACGAUGAACAUUCUUCAUGUGGAAAUUAGCGCUGAACUUCAGAGAGAAUUUGGCAUCGCACCAUUUGUAUGGAAAUGGUUUCUCACCGGUAUGAUUGUUACGCAUGUGACUUCUUAAUAGCAUUGAAUCGCGAACUGAAAUUUAGCAGAUGUAACAUUCAUAUCGUCGACUCUUGCAUCGAUCCUCAUGCAAUUUUUUCUCGAUUUUGCUAGAAAAUCGUUGUCUGCAUUUUGUGCAGUCAAAAGUUAAUUCUUCAGAAAAGUCUCAAUAUUAAUGUUGGAUUUUUGACAUUAGUGGCAGCGUUGAGUAACACAUUAUUAUUGUAACGAAGCAUUGCCAGUAAGAAUAGCAAUAGCUAUUACUGGUAAUUCUAAAAUCUAACAUUACAAUUGUAAUAGCAUCACAGUAAUGCUUCGUUACAAUUGUAAUGUGUUACUGCAAAAUGUAAAUCUGUAAGCUCUGACAGACACCUAUAACUUGAGUGCCACAAAAUGGAAAAUAUGAAAAGAAAAAGACAAAAGUCAUUCUAUGGAAACGAAAAACUCUUACCAAACAAUACUCUUGGUCUUUUUACUUAUUUCUUUCGUUGAUUUUGGACGAAUUUUUCUAUCUACAGAUAUUAGUACCUGAAAUGUCGAAUUCAUUGCUGAUUUGUACCUGCAAAGUCGAUGAUGCCAAUAAACGCUUUUAUUUUUUAUCAACUGAAGAAACAUUCAAACAUGUUUAUCAACAAAAAUGCUAUAAUUUUUCUCUGAAUCAGAGCCAUCAAUAAAAAUGCCUUAAAUUUUUCUCUUCAA